AUGGCGAAACAAGAGUUUGAAAUGCUCGAUUACUUCGGACCGGUCGUUGUAGCAGCAAUCUUUGGCAUCACUCUAUUUCUGAUCUCAUUCCUCAUCAUCAAUUUCUUCUGCAUUUCUAAAUAUGACGACUUCACGAAAUUCGAAAAG